AUGAAGAUCAAGCAUCAGUUCACCUCGGUAGAGCACCCACAAGAAAAUGGGCAAGGCGAGGCAGCCAACAAAGUUAUACUGGCAGGGUUGAAUAAAAGGUUGCAAGAAGCAAAUGGAGCAUGGGUUGAGGAGUUCCCUCAAGUACUAUGGGCUUAUCGGACUACACCUCAGUUUGUCACAGGGGAAACACCCUUCCGACUUGCUUAUGGCAUAGAAGCCAUGAUACUAGUUGAAAUCAACGAGCAAAGUCCAAGGGUAAGCUUCUACGACGAGGUUGGAAACAUACAGGGGCACAAAGAAGAACUCGAGCUACUCCCUGAAGUCCGAGAAUAA